UAGGAAGAGUAUUCUCGUUAAAAUUCAUUGUUGUUUACAUAUUUCACUUGGAGUAAUAACAAUUAUUUUGCUGCAGAAAUGAGCCGUUCAGGGCAUGAAAUAAAGGAUAGACUUGAUUCUCAGACAUCUCCACCAGUAGAAAUAGUGCCAGUGGAGAGUUCUUCACAUACACAUUUGUCUGAAAGCCAGUCAAAGUUUAUUCAGGACAGAAUAACGGCCACAGAGAAACAUUUUGGUCAGUUAUGUGAAACGUUCUCCUCUUACACACGCAAGACUGCGAGACUCAGAGAUAAAGGUGACCAGAUAUCGAAGGAUUUAAUCAGUUAUGUAGAUGGAGAAACAUUGAAUCCUUCAGCUAAACAACAUUUCUCUGAUUUUGCACAUGACCUCUCUACCAUACAAGACUACAGAAAUGCUCAAGUAACACGACUUGAGUCAAAAGUUCAGCAACCUUUAAGCAAUUAUGGACUUAAGUGUAAACAUACAAAAGCUGACCUUAAGGCAGCAUUUGCUGCCCGAGAUAAGGAAACUAAAAUACGCAAAAAAUUGGAUGUGGCUAGAACAAAAGGUGAUACACGCCAUAUAGCAACUUUAGAGACUGAUUUACAACGUGCCAGUGUAGAUGCCUCACGAACUACAAAAAAUCUGGAGCAGCAAUCAGACAAAUUUGAACUGGAGAAAUUACAAGACGCAAAGAAAAUAAUGACAGAUUUUGUGAUGAUAGAGAUGGCUUUUCAUGCUAAAGCUUUAGAAGUAUAUUCUCAGUGUUACAAAACUUUAAAUGAAAUAAGUGUGGACACAGAUAUCAGGGAGUUUCGAACUAAGAUGCGACCAUCAAGUAGUUCAGCACGUAUGACUAUGGCAAGAUCUGGAUCUGUAUCAUCUGUUAACUCUAGUACAGUUCAUGAGAACACACCACGGGCUGAUUUAAGAGGCUCUCCACACAGACAACAGUCACCACAGAGGCAACAACAGCCGAGAUCUACUGCAAAUGGUGUAGGAAACAUGAUGGAAGAUGAUGAUGAUGAGAGUGAGGAAGGAACAGACGAGGAGGAGGAGACAGAUGAGGAAGAAAGUGAGGAGGAGGAAACCGAGGCAGAGACAGAGAGAAGUCAUCGAGUACAAACUAUACAACCAGCCAGUAGAAGAUAAACAUUCAUACUUCUAUAAAUUGUUAUAAAUCAUUGUGAUAAACUUUGUUUUUAUGCCUCCAUUGUGAGAUUGGAGGUAUAUUGUUUUUGUUCCGUCUAUAACUUAUUCAGACAACAUUAACCUUGCACAUAACAUCUUUUUAAAAGCUUCCUAGUAGAUAAGAAACCUCUUCACAAUUCAGGUAUUCUUAUAUGGCUUUGAUUAGAUAUGGCCUUGAUCCAAAAUGACAUUGAUUUAUAAAAUGACAUUCGUCAAAUGUUGCCUUAAUGCAAUAUGACAUCCAAAAGGCACGGUGUUGAUGAACUUCAUCUUCUUAUUAGGUUUUUGUCAUUUAAUUAUAUAGCCUUACAGCUGAUAUUUAGAUAGAUAAAAAGUAAGAAUCUCAGCCUCCAGAUUAGUUAUGUUGAUUUUAUUAUAUACCAGUAUAUAAUUUUCUAUAUUAAAUGCCUGUAAAAUACAGUCUGACAGAAAAAAUCUGAAUCACUCUUGAGUGUGGCAUUGCAUGUGUUAUGUUAAUUUUGUUAUGUUUGACAGCAUAUAAAAAAAAGGUUAUUAUACAUAUAUAUCUUGAUCUUUACUUGUAUUUUACUCAUGGGUUAAAUUGGUUUGUUCACACUGGACACUUCGUGAGAUCCUAGCUUAGUAAAAUUCACUUGAGUCAAAUAUAAGUUCCAGAUCAAGAUACAGUACCCCUAUAUAACCCUAUCAUAUAUAGUUGUAAGUGAUAGUAUUUUAGUUAGGAAAUAACUUAAAUUUAUUGUAAGAAUUAUUUAUAUUUCAUAUAUUUUCAGUAGUAAACACCCUUAUUCAAUUUUUAAUGCUAGUGAUUUUUUGUGAUUUGCAAAUAUUUUGUGGCUAUAAAGAAUAAAAUUAUGUAUUUAUAAAUCCUAUCCAUGAUUAUUGUUAUGAUUGAGAAUCGUAAGGAAUUUUCAUAAUUGUUAUUUGACUACACAUGGUUUUUCUUCAUUCAGUUGAUUAUUCAGUGAUGUCAAGUUUGACACUGACAUCAAUUAAGGCAAUCAUGAUCAAGGGGGAAAAAACUCCUUCAUUGGAACUUUUUUGCAUAUAUAAUUAACAUGUUGUUUUCAUCAUAUUAUAAUUAUGAUUUUGUAAGGGCUGUGAAAUGUAAAUAUUAUGUUAAUGUUAAAUUGAACGUAUAACGUCUUGGUGCGUAAUGUGUCAUAUUGUCUAGAACAUUAUUGCUUUAAUGUAGUGGCCUUCACCAAACUAUCAUUUGCUUGGAAAUUAGCACCUAGUGUAUUUUUUUUUCUAAAAUUGUUAUAUUUAUCAUUAAACCAUUAUAGUGGAGAGCAUUAUCUAUGCUUAAUGAACAACUAAAAUAUCUAUAAAGGAUUUACGUUAAUGUCUUCAUUCUGCAAUUAUUUUGAAAUGAAGUAUAAUGUUAACAUCUUCAUGCACACUGAAGUAGGCUAUAUACAUUGCUAAUAGAUUAAAAAUUUGUGUGCAUUGCUUUGAUAUUGCAUGAUAUGGAAUUCAGAUGUGCAAUUUUGUAAUCACAAAGGUUGUAGGCCAAAAAUGAUUAUUUACAAACACCCAAACUCCUUGUCUUGCAAUAUACAACAAUGCACUCAAAUCAGAAGUAUUGCCCUCUCAGAUGGGUGUUUCUUUUAAUAGUAAAAGAAAACUUUGUUGGAUAUUUUAAUGAAAGCUGUCAGUCUGUAUUUAUGUUAAAGAUAUGACAGCAAUGUUAGCUUCUAAUCUCUCAUAGUAUAAUUCCAUGUGCAAUAUUUCAGGUGUUAGCAUUUUCUUUUGAAUGAAAUAAUUUUAGGCUAUAUUGACAAUUUUUAUGUUAAUUUGAACUCCUUUCCUGUAGAAUAUACACAUCCUGUAACAGACCUGUCAUUUUUUUAAUGACAAACCUGUAUUUCUCAGUUUUUGAGAGAUUUUUACAUUAACAAUAACUGUGAUAAUUCAGCAUGUUGUAUAGUGUCCAGUAACUUUAGAUGUAUUUACAUCACAGCUACAUGUAUGCAUGGCUUUAAACUGGUCAUUUAGUGGUCAUAAGAUUUAUUUAUAAUUUUGCAUGAUACCAUUUAAGGAAUAACUAUACUACUAGAGGCAUUUUUAUCAUCUUUGUGACUUAAUGACAGUCAGUGGAAUACAUGUAGAGUUCAUUGUUUGGUGCUGACUGCAAGAUCACUGUAUUGGAAUAAGGUCUAAUGUUGUGUGUAAUGUUUCUUACAUUUUUCCAGGUAACAAAGUGUUUUUACCAGGAAAAAAAACAUAUUGCUUAAAUUACAGCAUUGUUAGUAAAACUUAUCGAAAACAGAAAACUUUCAGCAGUUACCUAUUUGUUUUGAAAGAUAUGAUUCUUGUAAAAAUGAUUGUUUUGUAAAACAUACUUUUUGCUGUUCAAAGUAUAAGAUAAUAGUGCCAGCUACGACAGUAACUAUUCUUAAAUUUUGGUCUCCUGAAAAUUACAAAUAUUUCAAGGAUUGCUGACACUUAUGUUAGUAGAGAAGGAAUACUUUAAAAGGUAUUGGAUUAUAAAAUUUAUCUGCUUUAUAUUGUAGUACUUGAGCAUCUGAAAUAGUAAAUAUAUUCAUACUUUUGACACAUUGUAAUUAUUUUAUGAUAGCUAUUUUACAUAAAUAUAUCCGAUAAUCUUAUUUACUUGAUAUCAGAUGAUUUAUUUACUUCAUAUCAGAUGAUUAAUUAAUUUAGUAACAGAUAAUUAUUUAUUUGAUUUUAUAAACCUUAUUUACUUGAUUUCAGAUGAUUAUUUACAUGAUUUUAUAUACCUAAUUUGCUGGAUAUCAGAUAUCUUAUUUACAUGAUAUUAGACAAUUAUUUACUUGAUUUCAUAUAUUUACAUGAUAUCAGAUAUAUUUAUAUUGUUCAGCUCAAGUUGGUUAGUGAUUUUUUUAUGUUGAUCACAUUUUUUCAAACUAAAACUUAAGAAACAAUUUCCUUUUGUAUGUCAUCUGAUUAAGGCCAACUCCUUCAGAUGAUAAAAUAGUACCUAAAAAUCUGACAAAAGGGUGAUCCCUCAGAAGCAUUAAUUUCAACAAAAUUAAGUGAAAAUUUUAGACUUGGUUUGAUUGAGUACAUUGUACAUGAUUGAUAAUGAAAAAUUACGUCCCUCACACACCCUAGCACCGGCUUUAGUAGUACAUUUGUAUUCAAUUUUCAACACUUGACUCAAGUGCUGUAAUCAAUAAUCCUGAAGGACCAGAAAAAUAUUAAUAUCCAUAUUCCUUAUACAACUUUACAUGCUAAAUAUCACUGAAAUUUACUACUUUUAUCACCAUUAGUAACAAAAAUAAUAUUAUUUUGUACAACUUUUCAUACAUUUGUAGUAAGUGCUUUAUACUAGCUUUAAUUUUGUGAGAAUAUUUUUACUGUGAAUUAUCAAGAAAAUUAUCAUGAAUCUAUGGCCACUUUCAAAGUUAAUUAUCAUGCAAAUUAUUAAUGUCUUAAUAGGAAUUGUAAUAUUUCUUUCUGAAAACAACUUUUUACAUGAAAAGGUGCUUGGUAAUGAAGUUAUAAAUAGUAAUGUUUUGAUCAGGUGGUAUAUAUAUUGAAGAAGAAUGAAAUUUUUUGCUUAAAUGUUGAUGUACAUUAACAACUAUUUUGUUUGUAGAUUCUUGGAAUGUAAAUAAAUUUAGUGCCAAAUAAAGCAUUAUUUGAGGCUAUAUGGAGGAUUGUACAUGUAUAUUUAUUAUGAAGAAUAUUUGAUAUUUAAUAAACAUUCAUAAAGAUUA